GUGAGAGAGGGCUCGCGCUCCCUCCUUCCCGCUCGUGCGCAUCAACUGUGACUGCGCUCUCUCUUUCCCCACAUUCAAACAUGGCGAAACUCUUUGCCAUCAUACCGCCACCCUCGCCCUCAUCCUCCUCAUCGUUACCAUCACUGCUUACACCCCCAUCAUUAUCUCCGCUGCUAUCAACACUAUUACCUCCGGUACCGUGAUGACCCGGGAGGAUGGAGAAGCUGUCGGCGAGCCUGUCGGAGAUCACUUGGAACCAGUUGGCGCUGCCGUUAGACGCGGUGGUCAGCAAGUUCCGCCUGCCCACCCUGAUCCGCCUCGCACACGGUAAGAGACAUCCUCCGGCAGGUGCUUCGAGCUCCAGGAUGACCGUCAAAUCUCGGAGGAUCUGCUGAAUGCUGUUUGUUAUAUGUUAGCUUACUUCAACGCGCCUCUGUCCUCUCUAUUCACUACAGUUCAGAUAACCGCGACAGGAGUUUCCAAAAAGUACGUUAGACACAAAUUUUCAUGAAAGAAACACGAAAAAGGGGGACUUUUUUUUUUUUUAGAAAUUGAUGUUUUUUAGGGGGGUUUAUCGGAUUAAUUAUACUGGCAUGUUACAACAAGUGUUGAAAUUUACGAAGAAUCUGUGGAGGAUUUUAAUGGUGUCAAGGUAAGCAGGUGUAAGUACUGCUUCCGAUUAGAACUUUCAAAAUAAAGUCUAUUUGGAAGAAAUUAGCUUCUCUUUAGAUAUUUGAAAGAAGAAAAAUCUUUUAUUUCUUUGGACCAGUACCAGAUUGUAUAGUAUUUAAAAGUAGUAGUGGAAGAUGUAUGUAGUUGUGAUGGACUGUCAGCAUUUUUUUAACAGCUGAUACGCAUGCUACUAAUAUGGUAGCAGGUGGCAAGUGUACAUCUUACAGUUGAUGUUGCUGAUUCUGAUUUUUUUGGAAUUUGUGAAAAAAAAAAAAUGAAAUGACUCCCGUUAUUUCAUUCCCUGUACAAUUUAAUAUGCAUGGUACCAAAGUCAGUGAUGUGUUCAAAACUGAUUUUAUGCUAUGUCAUAAAACUGGAAUGAUUGUGGGGUUAUAGUUUAGACUUUAAUACUUGAUGUUUAUGUCAAAAAUGAUAAGUAACAGUACUACUCUAACAGAAUUUAUAUGAAACUUUAGCCAGGAACUGUCAGAUUUGAUUGGGUGUCACUAAGGAUGGUAAAACAUUUCAUUAUUUAGAGGGAUAUUUGUACUGCUCACGACUGGCAACAUUGACAAGGCUGCAUGCAAUGUCUCCAGGUAUUUGUUGUUUAUUUUUUAAUCAGCCAAAUGAAUCCACCUCCAAUAUGUAGUUUUUGUGGCAUAAAGCAGAACAGACUUGAUAGAAAUGUUCAGAGUCAUGUUUGAAUUAUUACACUAUCACCUAAAUAUAAAAAAUAUAAUGUUUUUGUUAACUUUUGAUGGGCUUUAUUUAUCUAGCGAGGAGCAAGUCCACAUCCACCAAGGCCACAAUCUUAUCUAUGGUAGCACAGGACAGGUAACCUGGUAACAUAUUCACUUCUGUAUCUAGUGAGCUGCCAUUAAGUUGGAGGGCAGUAGGAGCGAGUUGUUUUAGAGUGCAAAAAAUGUAUUUAUAGACAAUUUUAUGGUAAAAAGUUGAUAGAGGGUCACAUUGACCAUGCUGCACAGUUACUUUAUGUUGUUAAAGGCCACCAUUGUUUCAGUGACUGAGGAGGUGAACAACAAGCCCACUGAGCAAUAGACCACUAUUAGACAUCUAGCUUUUUUUUAGACCUAAUUUCAACCGUCUAGAUUCUGUAUAUUUUUAGACGGAAUUUAUACGUUGCACUUUAACCCAUUAUUCAAUAACUAUUUAUUCCAAAAAGCAACUGUGAGUUGCAUAACUGAUCUUCAAGUACUUAACAAAAUAAUUAUGAUAACCGUUGAGCAAUAUACAGUGUAGUAUAGAUUUAGCCCAUAUUUAGACUUGGUCUAAACUUGGUCUAAAUUUAGACAUCUAAAAAAAUUUCAUUUUUAGACCUGUGACAGCCUGAUUUUAGUCUUGGGCUACAUUUAGAUGUCUAUUAGACCUCUUUUAGACCAAAAAAUGCUUAGUGGGAGGUUUCCCUCCAGAGUCAAGAUAUCACUAAAUAUUUCCAUUUCAAUGCACUUUACCUUUAAGAAUAAGAGUAAGAUUAAGAGGAGUUUUAUUUAUCCCUGAAGGGAAAUUCAAUAUCUUUAUUAAAUAUCUUUCUUUCUUUUUCAUGUUCAAAAGUAGAGUUGUUGAACAAAGUUAUAUGAUCGUAGAUAUUUCUAACGUGUGGUGAAUGUAGUGAAGGCUUUGAGUAAAAGGUCAAUUUCACAAAACAUUGUAGAAGUCACACUGAGUAGGAAAUAACGUUUUGCGCAGUCUUAAGAGUGAAGAGUAUUUGGUGCUCUUAUUUUGAAACAAUCAUCCUCUUGUUUCCGUUUCUACUGUCUUUGACUCUUAAAGAUUGAUGCAUCUGCAGCAUUUACACUCGGACACUGACUUUCCCAGCACACUUGAAAACCCACUGACUCGCAGAAGUGGCUUACUGUGCAACAUUUGAGGCCAGUUUUCACAUUUAUUUGUUCCGUGUUUCGUCAACAUGCUUCCCUGAUUUGGUGUCUUUACUUUGGGAACGGUCUCUGGGUGUCACGGCCAAAAUUGUUUCAGUCCAGCGAGGCCCAGAAAGCCACAAAGUGUCUGUUGUGCUGCUGAAGUGCUGCUCAAUUCUUUUCAUAUGUAAAUGCUGUAAUCUGUCGGUAAAUGUGGUGAAUACUAACGAGCAGCGACGAGAGGGAGAGACCUCCAACUUUCCUGCGCAGACACAUUAAAGCGCGCCCCCGAUCCGGACCCUUUCAUGGUCCCCCACAAUUACGCACCUUUACUUCAGUGCGCGAUUAAUAAGGAGAGGUAACUAGAUCACCUUGGUGUUUAUUAACCGCAUCGUAGUUAGUCCACUGAGGUCUGUUUGUUUGCUCAGCCAGCCAACACAGAUGGUGGUUAGUAAUUUACAGCAGGCUCUGAUGUCAGCAUCUUUACGCAGAUUUUCCCUCAUCAUUCAUAAUAACAGCAACAAACAAAAGCAGUGUUGGAGAGCUUGUGUGUCAGUGGUAUGUAAGUGUGGGGGUGUAAUUCGCUGUGAUGGGGGCUUUCCUGAUUGGCGGUAAUAUGAAUGCCCCAGACUGCGUACUAUUAAAUUAAAUAUUUAGCUCACAGAUGAAGUGUAGCAAGCAAUUAUUCCUGUUGAUGUCAAUACAUUAAUGCUGGAUAACCAAAAGCACAUGAGCUUUUUUUAAAUAUCAUUUAACUCAAGAGAAAUGAGAUAAGGCAUAGUACAUCCUCACUGCAAGUAUCCUGUAGAUAGACCCUUUGUUGGAUGACUUGUUCUUUGUACUGCAUUUGUUGAUGUUUACGCUGCAGAUGAGUAUUUCUUUCUAAGAGCGUUUAAACAUAACACAAUUUGCAAAUCAAAUUCAGGGCUUUUCUGAGGGGGAGCCAGGGUUUAUAUCUUUCAUAUCCUCAUUUUUCACGUUUGAAACCACUCUUACAGUUUAAGUUUUGUAUUUUAUUGUCAAAAGAAAGCAGGAUGUGCAUCAGGAUGAUUAUUUUGUUGAAAAACAGCUUAAACAGUUACAAGACAAAGUCAGCAAAGAGGUGAGGCAUUCUGCUAGUUAUUCCUUAAAAUUAAAUCUAUUGACAUCAAAAUCUAAUCAUUAUUGAUGGUAAAAGGUGUUGCUAUUGAUUUGAGCUCUUUCUUUAGGUACAACAAAAGACAUCAGCCACCAUUUGUGUCUUUUAAUAAAUGGGUCAACUGACAUUUAACAUUUGUUGCACAGGCUGAUGUGAGAUACACAAAUAUCAGAGUGUUGUGUCAAGCCUUAGGCGACAAUCACUUAAAAGAUCUUUUAGUAACAGCCAUUCAUCAGCAACUGGAACAUAAACAGCCCUGUGAUCUGUGGGUGAGCCUGUGAAUGAGAGACAGUGAGCUGUGUGUGUGUUGUGAUCGAGUUGUGCUGUUGAGCUUUCAGCAGAAAUCAAUGCUGUUGUGCAACAUGAUGACCCUGGCUUAAGCUGGGGAGCAGUGUGUGUGUGUGUGUGUGUGUGUGUGUGUGUGUGUGUGUGUGUGUGUGUGUGUGUGUGUGUGUGUGUGUGUGUGUGUACAGUACGGGGCUGUGUAAUGGUGGGUUGCCAGUUGCCUUACAGGGUCCUGAUGAGUAGGUUGGCAGGGAUGAACUGUUACUGAGGGUUGUAAUUAUGUUCACUGAAUCUUGAACCUAAGUGGGUGUGUGCUCUCUGUGUGUGCAAUUUAAUGUGACAUUAAAAACACUGAACCCGGCCCCCGUCUGCUAACCAAAAUACACACUUAAGUCACAUUUCAAUGAAGAAAAUCCCUCAGGUUGGCAGAGGCUACAAUAUAACAGCCUUAUUGUGUCAGUUUUAAGGAGAGACUAACGGUUGUGAAAAGUUCAUUGGGUCUAAUGUCAAUGUUUAUGUUUUCUGUUGCCAUUCCUCUUAUUCAUUUUUAAUAUGGUGCACACAGGCCUGCAGGAACUGCAUCAUUCAACAGGGCUGUCAAUCACAGUGUCAUGCCCCAUUUUAGCACCACACAAGUAACUACUUUAAAAUCCAGUGUGUAGGAUGCACUGUUAAAAGAGAGCUUUCCUUGUCAGGUGGACAUGAAUGCUUUCCUUGGCACUGCAGUCUGAGCUGUCCUUUUGAACAACUGUGACAAAAUGUUUAAGAAAAAAGAAAGACCUAAACAAGCAAGUACUGCCAGGCAGGUAUGCCAUGUGGUGUUAUACUGCUGUCUUUGAGUGAAAUGGUUCUAGGUUCCAAUCUAGAGCAGGGACAGUUCUUGGCUAAUGCAGGAAAUUGGAAGGUUGGUGCAGGGAAGUACUUGGAUAAGGCAGAGAAGUGCAAGGUUGAGGCAGGGACAGUGCAAGGAUGAGAUAGGGAAGGGCAAGGAUGAGGCAGGAACAGUGUAAGGUUGAUGUAGGGACCAUGCGAGAUUAAGGCAGGAAAAGUGCAAGGAUGAGCAAGACUGAGGCUGGAAAAUGCAAGGCUUAGGCAGGGGAUCACAAGGCAACAACAAUCCACAAAAAACAAUAGGGAUACUGCAAGGUUUAGGCAGAGAUGUGUAAGAUUGAGACAGGGAUGGUGCACUUCUUAAGGCAGGAAAGAUGCAGAAGUUCAGUGACUCUUGUGUUGACUCUUAAAAUGUCUUCCUUUUAGGUAAUUCUUGUCUAGUUUGCUGGUCUGGCACAGAAUGCUGCAGGAGCCUGUAUUGAUCAACAGAGCUGUUCAAAUUAUGUUGCAAAAGUUAAAUUACUUAUUUAAACUAAACUUCUCAUGAAAAGGAGCUCUUGGACAUAAAUCACCAUGAUAAGAACUAAAUAAAAUGACAAUUCUAAUUUCAUAUCUUGGCCCAUGAUCUAUCUGUUAACAUUGGAGUUGCAGGUAAUGUGAGCUAUACUAAAGCCAGUCAACAGAGGUCUCACAGUCAGUAAACACUUGCAGGAUCCAUUUUUACAGUCCAGCUCUCAUUCUUUUGGCUUCAUUUGUGGGGAGUCAUCACAUCACCGUCUUUCUUUUGUUUUUGUUUUGUUUUUUUACAUAGGUUUUAAAGUGUGUGUAUGCUUGUGUGUUGCAGGUGAGUGUGUGGAGGGUCUGUCAGAGGAGGAUGUGGUGCUCUUACACUCGUGUCGUCAGUGGACCACUGUAACUGCCCACAGCUUAGAGGAGGGACACUACGUCAUUGGGCCCAAGAUUGACAUCCCUCUGCAGUACCAGGGUGAGAGUACACACACACUCACACACACACACACACACACUGCAGUUCAUCCUCACUCUAAAUAUACUAUUUUUUUCCCUUGAUGUUUGUUCCCUCUGGAGGAAAAUCACAAGUUCAACAUUUUCCACUCGCUCUAUUUUUGUUUGGGGGGAAAGUCUCAGUAAGCUAAACAAAUUCCCUCAAGUAGUAGAAGUCUGAUGUGCAGAACAAUUCCUGAAAUCCGUUUGAUAAUUACAUUUAUUCACUGUGACUUUAAGAAAACACAGAAGUACAACAAGUUAAGGUUCACACUUUAUUCCCAUGCCAACUAAGAUGAUGAGAUCCGUCUCAGGCUGGUUCAGAUGACACAUGACUACAUAUUUAAGAUACAAGUGGAACAGGCCCUGAUUUUCUGGUGUGCAGCUAUUAAUCUCCAACACAGCAGAUAACAUUGACAAGCUUUUUUUUCUUGUGCUCUGAUGUAACACUGAACAAAAUGUAAAGUGCCUGAAUCAAAAUGGAUUUCUUCAUGGAGAAGUUUAGAGACUUUCACAUAAUUGCUUUCGUCACUCUGGAUGUCUACUUCUUUAUUUUGGCCGAAAGUAAAAGAAAAGGCGGAAAACAGUGACGCUGGAAGAGGAAAACUGAAGAAAUUGGAAAAGACAAGACUAAAUGAGAAACAUGGGCUCCUAAUUAACAUGGUUAAACAUGUUAAAACUAACAAAUGUGGAAGACUCAACGAGUACCUAGAAAUUCUCAGAUAUGGGGCUUGGUCUUUCAUGCUGUCAUGUUCAGGUUGUGUACAUGUACUGUGACUGAAGUAGCACAAUGUGCUGCUUUCUAAAAAUAACCUACGUGGUCUCAUUAUUCAAUUUCACAACAAUACAGAAGGCAAAAAGAAGGGGAAAAAAGUUGUAAACUUCCUUGGCUGAAAAAAAGCCCAAAACUGCAGUUCCUCAAGUGUCCACUAGAGGCUGGCUCCAAGGCCAAAGAAUCCCCGUAAACACACAAGUUUAUCACCUGAUACAAAACACAUUUUUAGUAUUCAGCUCAUUUCUUAAUUUGUACACAAUGUACCAGAGAGGAUGUUUAAAUACUACAUCCUUUAAAGGAGACCUAUUUUGUUAUGGAAGUGGAACAUCUAUGGAGUAGCUUUACAUGAUUAGUGGCUCAGAAGGCAUCUUACACUGGUACUGUAAAAACCCUAUUUUAGUGCAUGUCAGCUGGUGCCUGAUACAGUUUGGCUGCUUUUACCAUGAUAUAAGAUUAGGCGAAGCUUGUAGGUGUUACUUUUCACCAAACUUUGUAGCUAUGAAACCAUCCGUGAGUUAGGCCUUGUUAGAGCCAAUAUGUAACAAUGGCCUGAAAUGCAACAAUUGUCAAAAAUGUAAUAAGAUGCUAAGCCCAAAAUGUGAAACUUUUAUCCCAAAAUGUAGCAACUUGUUACAUUUUGGAUCAGUUAUUACAUUUUGGGCUCACAAUUUUGUUACAUUAUUGACAAAUUAUUACGUGUUGGGCUUUAUUACAUUUUUUUAAAUUACAUUUUGGGCUCUAACAUGUUUUAGCUAUCGUUACAUUAGCUGUUAUCAUAGAGUUACCAAGUGUUUGUUGUUCUGAGCCUUCAUGCAAGGUUCUCAUAGAUGGGACAGCUCAAAGUUUUAGUAACAACAGCUUGGACUGGCCUUUAUUUACAAAAGAGUCAUCAGUGAAGUGGUGAGCAUGGACAGCUACUAUGUGGCUGCCAAUGUCCUGCAAUCAUAAAAUCUUCCAGCUGUUUUCAGGUGUCUUCUUCUUGAAGUGAACACUUACAAGCAACUUUCUGAGACACGCUGAACCAGUUGUUAAUCAGUUUACUGUAAACAUUAAUAAUAAAUAAUGUAAGAAACUUAUUAACAACUUAAUAAAGUCAAAAACAGCAUUUUAUCAAUUAAGAUGUAUUGGUAUCUCAACACAGCAAACAAGCUGUUUGUUAUGAUCAGGUGGCGUGAGAACACCUCAGAAUCUCCACUGGUCCUGUGCUGAGUAGCAAGGCAGUGGCAGAGCAUACCAGCAGCAUGAACAGGCGUGCUCUGUUUAAGUCAGUGCAAAGUUUAGGUUUAAUUUGCAGGGCAGUAGUUUCUCAAACAUACAUACUGUACACAUACAAAAGAGCCUUUGUCUCAGAAAUGCCAUUUCUGAUUGUCCUGAACACAUUUUAUAUUGUCCAGAGAUCGACAGCUUGGCAAUAGUCUUGGGCUCUGCAGACUUUCACCUCCAACCCCACAUUAACAAGACCAGCCAGUCAGAUAUAAAUAUGACCUUCCCUGACUCCUCCUGUUCAUUGACUGCUUGUCCUCAUUCUGAAUGAGUCUGAUCACUAUGACCUCACCGGGGCUCCAUCACCACUAUCUCACUGGCCAGACUGUCUGACCAGCCACAUCACAGGCUGUGUAACUGGAUCCUAAUGCCUCCUCUUCAUUGUUUCCUCUGCUGAUAGAGCGCUGAUGUCACUUCACACUGACUCCUCUCAUGCUCCUUUUUAGAAGAAUGAGAGAAUAUUUGAAUGGGAGGCGGUUUGAUGAGAUCAUUGAAAUCUUAACUGCACUAGUGUGUCACAAUCGGAAGCAUGUGGCUGCUAAUACUGGAAACAUUAGCAGCGAGGGAACAGAAAUAAACAACUAGCUCAAUGUUAUCAAGUUGAGCAGUCAAACAACUUAGCAUCAAGUGGACUUUGGGCAAUUGUAUAAAAAUCUCUCCAGAGCUACAACAGACACUUGUCUAAGAUGUUCUCUGUGUCAACAAAAACUUUGAAUUUGUUUGCAAAUUGGUGAAGAGACCAGAGGUAAUAAAAUAUUUAAACAUUAUUGACAUACUAUGAACGCAAUGUUCCUGCUUUUAACUCCACAAGACCAAAGAAUGAGCACACUGUGAGCAGGUGAUGGGAUGGAGUAAUCCUGGAUCAGCGUUUUCAACAAUAGAGUUAUAGUGAUAAAAAAAAAAAAACGCACUUAUAUAAAUUAAGGCGCAACACUUCAAAUGACUUCAAGGGAAAUGAGAAAAUAUUGAACAAAUAACUCCUCUUUUGAGCUUCAGAGCCAACAGCUCCUCAUUCAUAUCUAUGUUAGACUUGGGAAUUACAUAAAAUCAGGGCAUCAGGAUUAAAACAGCCUGUUGCUCAGUGCUACAUUGCUUGUAGGCAGUUAAGGAACUUCAAUAGAACCACAGUGUCAAGCAGAUUUUGUCACCGAUGCUUGAUGGAUCACAUGCAGUGAGGAAACAAAGUAAACCAGAUUUUAAUGAAAAAUCGGUCUUUUAUUCUACAAUUAUAAAAAAUAAUUUCAUCUGGAUCACUUUCAUCAAAGUAAAAACUAAUUAUUUUCAUACGAUAUGUUUCAGAACUCCCUGCCUUUCCAUGUACAUGCAUGGAAUUCAAACACCUACAUAAAAAAGCCAAGGCAGGGAGAGCAGCGGAAAAGACCCUCAAGGCGUUAAAGAAAAUACUCAUCACUGACAACACACAUGACACUUGUAAUAUCAGACACAGCAAUUAAAAAAACGAUUGUAGGAGGGAGUAUUGGAUGAAGACAGUUAUUGUGGAAUUUCAAAGGUCUGUGGCAGGAAGAGCACAACUACACACUGUUAAAUGGACAUACUGUAUAUAGGGGAGAGCAGCAGCAAAGACUCCAGAGGUGCAGAAAAGAGCAGGCAUCAGGGACAACAAUAUGUUACUAGUAGUAGGUCAUCAAGGGAUUCAAAAGCUUGGGGCAGGGAGAGCACACCUUUAUAUUGUUUCAUAUGUAUACAUAAAACCAAGAAAGACAGAGAAGCAGCAAAGACCAUGGAUGUGCAGAACAGGUAUCAGGGACAAUAUACAUGAUACCAGUCAAAAGACAUUGUGGAAUUCCAGAGACUGCAGCAGGAAAAGCCAAGGAAGGGAGAGCAGCAGCAAAGACCCCAGAAGUGCAGAACGUGGCUGUAUGCGUAAAAAUGAGGCAAUCCAGAUCAGAAGUGUGUCUGUUUCAAAUAGAAGUUUAGAGAAGGUGCCCAGAGGAGGAGUUAAGAGAUUUACUCUAAAGGUGUGUAGGAGUGGGGCCUUGGUAACAGUCUUGUAUGCUGCUUUCAUAUUGGGAUUUCUUCGCUUUGAGAUAAUGCAUGAGUUUGCUGUUUCUUGACCUCUGACUGUAGCAUUACAUCAGCCCCAUAACCUUCUCAGCCAUGGUCCAUUUCAAAGACACAUUCCAGUGGUCCCACAAACACUAGUCAGCAGAGCUCUUCUCAAUGUAUGCACACUUUAAGCAGCACAUGACAGGCAAACUGUUGUUGAAUCAGAAGCCAUCGCCGGUGGUGAGCUAACGUCUGUGUGAUGACUUCAUACAGGAAGUCUAAAUAAGCUCUGCAGGAGAGCAAUAUAGGUUUCCCCCUGGGGCCGGACAACAGGAUGCUCCUCCUGUUAUCCUCUCUCCGUGUCUGUCUGUCUCCUCCUCUGUCCAUCAGCGGGAGGAUGACUGAGAGGUAGAGGACAGAAAAAAUGAAUGAACAGCUUUCUGGGAAGCAAGUGGCGCCACAGCCAUCCUUGUAACGUUAAACUCACUGCCAAAGGAUUGAAGAGGCUUGGGGUGAUUCAGUUUUAUGUCAGGGAAGGUUUCUCUUCUUUGUAAUUACUGCUUUGUAAGAUAUUGUUAAAUCAUUGCUCUGUUGGUUUAUGCCUUAGCCAAGUAAUGCUCUUAAGUGUAGGUACAUCAGGAUGGGGUUUGUUUUAUGAUUGGUACUCUUGGAGAUGGGACAGCACAAUAAUGACAAUUUUAUCAUUAUCCCAAUGUGAGCUUUCAUUAGAAGCACAUCACAAAAGUCCAGAUUCAUCACAGUGAAUAAAAACAAUUAUUUUGUUUGAACUAGAAAGUAAUGCAGUAGUCAUAUUUUCCUCCGAUCAUGCAGGCCUGCUGGUUACCCUGUUCACUUUUCCGUCUGUCAUUCCUAUUUUGAAAGGGGGUCGCUGGGCUGUGUGCAAAAGUUGCACUUUCUGGUUUCGUUGGGUGUGCUGGAAGCUCCUUAUCCCUGGGGCUCUGUUUGAAUCAGGAGGUGGGGGGGUGGAGGAGAAAGGGAGGGAGGUGUUGGCGAGAAGGACGGUGGAGUUUGGUAUUCUGCUCGGCCUCGCAGACAAAGAAACUUUCUCAUCUCUGUCUCUGAAAAAAAGAAAAACAGAAACACCCUGACUCUGGGAGAAAAAAAAGCAGAGGCUCUUUGGAGGGUAGAGGUUGUUAAAUCCCAUAAAUUGGUAAAUAAGAAUCAAAGGAUCAUGUGGUUUGAUUUGAGCCUAUUGUGCACUCUGAGGGUGGCUCUUUACGACAUCAAACAUGGAACAAACCGAAAACAUUUACAGUUUAAAGCCCACAAACAGAGUCAGUGGAGCACAACACCAGAGAGUAAAGAUUUACAGACACAGGAGGGAUGAAGGGGUGAGACAAGACCAGGAGAGAGAGAGAGAGUGUGUGUGUGAGUGUCUCCAUGGUGAUGUGUCUCUGCUCUGUGUGAGAAUGGGGGUUCUUUAUUGGUUGCCAUGCCAACCCUGUCGACUGAUGAUUGGCCCAGAGCUGGUGCCAGGUCAUAGGUCAUGGAGGUGUCUUUGUAUUCUUCUUGGUCACGAAAGUGUGCACUACUUCUGUGUGUGUGUGUGUGUGUGUUAAGCUGUUGGGAGUCAAAUGAAAUAAACCACAACAACUGUUCACUUCCUAAGUUCUUUGUCUACUUUCAUUCCUCCCUCUUUUCCACUUUUCCUUUAUUCCUUCUUCUCUUUUUUUCUUUCUCUACUUUUUUCUCCCUUCAUUCCUUUCCUCCUUUCCUUGUCUUCUACUUUUGACCUUUCCGUCUGCCUUUUCUUCCUUCAUGGCUUACCUUCUUUUCCUCUACUGUCUUUAUGUUCUUUCCUUCUUUUAAUUGUCUUUGCUUUAUUCUUUUUCAGCUUUUCCUUUUCUUUGUUUAUUCUUUACUCUUUUUUUCCUACAUUUGUUCUUUCUCUUGCCUUUAUUUAUUUCCUUUUUCGUCUAACUCCUUUCCUUCUUUUUCUUUUUUUUCCUUUUCCCCCACCUGCCUUAUUUUCUUUUUCCCUUUCAUUUCUUGGCUUCAUUUCCUUUCUACAUUUCCUUUAUAAUUUCCUUACUUUCCUCCCUUACCUUUCCUCUCUUUAUUGCUUUUGUUCAUUUUCUUUUCCUCCUUUAUUUCAAUUCACCCUCCUUAUUUUUUUCUCCUACAUAACUUCACUGUAUGACUUUUUUGGCCUUCCUACAUUCCUGUUCUUUAUUUAUCUUAUUUUUUUCUUUUUCUGUUUUUUUUUUUCAUAUCCUACCUUUUUUACCCUUCUCAUCCCCCUUUUUCUUUUCUUUUUGCAGGGAAGUUCAAGUUGUUGGAUGAAGACCGAGACGUCAGGGAUCCAGUCCAGUAUUUUGCCAGUGUGGAGGAAGUUGCUGGAGUCUUCCCUGACCGGGUCUUUGUCAUGGAGACGAUCACUUUUAGCGUCAAGGUUUGUUUUUUGUUGCUUCACUGGUUUCGUUAAUUUGUGUGGGUUAUUUUCAAGCUCAACGUCUGCUGUCCCACAUUCUCUUCCUGUAGUUACAUUUGGCAUAUUUAUUCUCAUAUGUAUAUGUGUGUUUGUCAGGUGGUUUCAGGGGAGUUCAGUGAGGACAGUGAGCCCUACAGCUUCACUCUGCAGGCUGGAGAUGAGCUGUCACUCAUGGGGAAGGCGGAGCUUCUCUGUGCCACGCCCUCUAAGGAAAAGACAGGACUGAGCGCGCUCCUGAGACGCCUGGGAAAGACUCCCAGAAGUAAGUGGGACAAACUGCUGACCUCUUUGUUGUCUGUUUUCAGUGAGAGAACGAGCGCCUGAGGAGUCUUAAGCAAAAGAGUACAGCAAUGUGAAGAGUUUAUCCCUGACAGAAAAAGAUAUUUGCUUAUUUUUGAAACGAUAGGAGCGACAUUAGUCUGGGAAUCAGACAAAUUUGAGAGUGGUAUUUAUUUGAUUUGGCAGAUGUAUGUGGUUCUGAUCCAAAGCAGAUAGACUUGAGUCCAGCCAGUCACAACAAUUUAUCUAUGAUAGGGCAGUUAAUGACGGAGGAUUAAGACUCCAAAAACAAUCAGGAUUUCAAAAACAAAUGUGAAUAACCAGAAAAAAGUCCAUGAAAAUGAAGUCAUAGAUUCACAAGAUGGUUCUAAUUAAACUAUUAAGUUGUAUGGUUACGGGAAUAAAGUCCUAUUUCUAAAGCCCUAUUUGAGAAUGAAGCCCUAAUGUUAUCAGAAUUAAAUUUUCGUGUUAUAAUAAUAAAGUUUUGAGGUAACAAAAAUAAAAUUCCAUCAUUACAAGAAAAGUCAUAAUAUGACCAAAAUAAAGUUCCAAGAAAAUAAAGUCAUAGUUGCAUGAGAUCUGAUGUCAUAUAUAACAUAAAUGAAAGUGUGUUGUUGUGAGAAUAAAACCAAAUUGUUAUGAUAUUAAAAUCCCAAUAUUCAGAUAAUGGCGUCCUUAGACCGAGUCUUCAGUUGUUUGUAAAACCUACACGAGCUAAAACACAGCGUUUCAGACGGGGCUAAAACAAAGAUAUUAUAGUACAACCAGGGUGAGAAACACUUUUUGUGAUCUGAAAAUCAUGUUAAACUAUUGAAGAGGAAUCAAAGAGGAAAUAUAGAGUCUGAAAUCAAUGCAUAAUACCCCCUCUUUACCAUCACAGCUUUACCUCUGUAACAUACAAUCACGAAUGCUUUCUUUUUCUAACGUGACAACUCUUUUCAGGAAGUACAAACAUAUGUCUUUGUUCUGAGAACAUCAACACUAUUUUCAUCACACCAUGACUUUAAUCUCACAACAUUACAACCAACUGUCUUGUAGCAAAACCCCAUUUUUCCAUGGCAUAAUAUCUUCAUUCUUUUAACAUAAUUAUUUUAUUCUGGUAGCAUUACAACUUUUUUCUUGUGACAUAACAUUUUUGUUGUCAUUUUUGUUAACUGAAUUUUAUUCCUAUAAAACCACUUGCAUUUUUUCUCAUUACAUUACAGCUUUAUGUUGUAAUGUCUUGUAAUGUUAUCCUAUUAUGAUAACCUUACUCUGGUAACAUUACCUGAUUUUUUUUACUUGUAACAUAACACUUUAUUCUUGCUACUUAAAGUCUCAUAGUCAUGUAACUUAACCAUUUUUUCUCAUAACAUCACAACUUUAUUUUCACGUUACAACUGCGUUCACGUGAGACUCAUAUUCUUGUAACAAAAGGACUUUUUUCUUGUGAAAUUACAGCUUUUAAUUUUGACAUCUCUUUUUGCCCAAUAGACGGGUUUUUUUGUGUACAAACAAUACUAGGUGCGCGCAACCAGGGGGCAAAAGCCUGCUUCAGAGUUAACUGAUAUCAAUGAAGAUGCCAUAUUGUUCGCAAGUUCUUCCUGACACAAUUGCAAUAAAAUGACUUUUCAUUGAAAAAUCGCUUUGUCUUUCAUUGCAUCAAAAUCAGAAAAACACUUGCUGAAAUGUCCAUGAAUUUCACUGAGUUUACCAGGUUGUGACGUUGUUUUAGAUGUUUCUAAUAUCAGGAGCAGGGUCAUAAAGUUUGUCGAUUGUUUGUUUUGCCAAUUUGUGCAGUUUACAGCACAACAGCUCCUUGUCAUUUUCUUUCUCCGUUGACUCCGCUAGUAAACAAAUAAGCAAUGUCCCACUUUCUGCCCCCUGGUUGCGCGUCCAUACCUGCAUACCAGAAACCAGUCUAUAGACCUUUCAUAGUAUUUGUGUGACUAACAAAGAUUGCUGUCUUUGAUUGAAUCUGUUGAAUGUCCAUUUGUUUGUAUUAAACAGAGACAGUAUUGUUUGCCUUGAAUAUUUAGCCUCUGAAUCGCAGUAUUAAACUAGAAGAGCCAUAUUUGAACAAUUACUCUCCACCUUCCUGUCUCCGCCCCCUCAGGUAAAACUCCUUGCCUGGUCUGCAUGAAUCAUCGCACCAAUCAGAGCGUAAGCCUUCCCUUCGGCUGUCGUGGACGCUUUUGCACACGCUCCCCACUUGAGCAAGGCAUGUUGGGAGGAGAGCACACGGUACGCAGCAUCAUUGAGAGGGUUCGCCUUCCAGUCAACGUUUCUGUGCCUUCACGACCGCCGCGGAACCCCUACGACCGCCAUGCUGUGCGAGAGGGCCACCGCUACAAGCUGCUAAACAUCGUCAGUAAGACGGUGGUGCUUUGCAUGGUGCUGCGUCGACAGGAAGUCUCCCCCUCACACUUUCUGUUGCUGCGCUGCAUGCCCCGCUUCAACGUAGCUGAAGCAUCUGUCCACACAGCAGCGCUGGAGAGCCUCUUGUUGCGACAUUCCUUUGACCCAGAUGCUUACUCUCGUGCCGUGAGAGAAACUCGACCUGAGCUGGAGUGUAUGACUGAGGAGUGUGUGAGCCCACGGCGCUCCCGCAUGUGUGUUUCAGGGCAGGACUCGUUAGCACCCGCACUGCAGCGCCUCUCAAUGUGCGGGUAUGGGGGAGGGGUUUCGGACAGCCUAUCACAGCGCUGCAGGGACUCUCUUGGGGAGCGGUUAGGGGAGGGACCAGGUGAGGAGCGGGAGUACAUGACUCCUGAGUGGACUGAGGCGGAAAUGAGGACCAGUGAGGAAAUCCCUUAUGAGGAACUCUGGACCAAUCAGAACCCAGAGAGUCUGGGGAAAGAGCCAAACCUCAUCUCUUUCCACUCCUCUUCUUCUAUAGACGGCUCUCUUGGUACUGUGUUAACAACAGUGUCCACACCGCCACCUGUACCUCCAAAAUCUGAUGCUGUAAGUCUUAUCUCCACCCUCCUGUCCUUCUGUUUGUCCGUCUGUCUCUCCUCCCCCUUAUCUGUUCACAGAAGCAUCCGGCUGUUAAAAGUCAGGAUGCCUGGUUUGAAUUAUUCAUACAUUACAGCUUUUAAACCUCACUGACCACAAUCACACACAGAAACACACGCACACAAAGAACCACACACUAACUUCCUGGAAAGCAGCUAUACACUCAGAGCCCAUGAAUACACAUGUUGUCACCAAGGAUGCAGGAACACGUGUGCAGUUAGUGCGAUAAAACAUUUAAGUGGAGGGUUACAAAGCCAUUAUAACCCAGUGCUGGAGUGUAUUAAUGAUAAAAUAAAUUAUUACUGAUUACAUAAUAAAAGACUAUUCAUGUAGCUAGAACUUGGAGUCAUUCAGUUGUGGGAAUUCUUAAGACAUCCAGUUCUUGAACUCAGUCAGACAGGGUGUAAAGUGAAACACAUCAUAGUGCUAAGUUUAUUUACAGGUUAUGAAGCUGAGUGUCAUCUGUAUAGCUGUAAAAGUCUAUAUUGUGCCUUAACAGGAUUUGCCCCAAGGAGGAGCAUGUUUACUGUGAAUAACAGGGGAUCCAAGAUAGACCCCUGAGGGACCCCACAUAAGAAAGGGGCGCAAGAAAAGGAGGCAUUUCCAUGUAGUACAGAAUAAAACCUGUUUGACAGAUUGAAUGAACUGAAUUUCCCUUCAGGGAUAAAUAAAGUUCUUGUUAUUUUUAUUCUUGGAUAGGAAAUGAACCAAUCCAGUGCCACAUCACUAAUGACAUCAGAGCAAAAACUAACAACUAUAGUAUCUUAGAUAUGAGGCUCAGGUGUUUUCAGACCUGGGGGCUUUUGAGGAGAAACUAUUUACUAGUGAGUUCCCUGAGAACUAAACACCAUGAGGACUGUAGAUCUGUCUGCAUUCAUGCCGUCGUGAUGAUGGCUGAUAAUAACUUUCCAAACCUCUGUGAGGCACUUGAGCUUACUUUUAUGUCUUUGAACAUGCUUUAUUGUCUGGGUCCUCCUCACGUCUGUCUGUCAUAAAAUGUUACUUUUUAGUCUUUUAAACUUGAAAUGUGCCUCUUUCUAGAAAAGUUAACAGUGGUGAGUGUGAAAAGGCUCUUUCUAUGGACUACCUUGUCUGACACCUACCCCCUCAGAGCAGUUAAAAGUAUUCAAAAGUACCACACGGAAACAUUCCAUGUUGUCCUAUGCUUUUGUGAGUCAUAAAGAGGCAUCAGUCUGUUGAAGUAAACUAUGCUGUCUGACAGUCACAGUUAUUAGAGCAAAAGAACUGAAAAUAAGGUGAGGGGACACCCUGGUGGGAGUGUUGUAUUCGUUGAUUGUGACAAUGUUUUAUGAAUGUGACUGAAAUUGAAGGGUUUGACCAAGCAUCAGGCACAGAAAGAAUACCUGCAAGCUUGGAUGUUCAGACCUGUGUUGCAUUUUUGCUUAUUGCUGUUAGCAAUAACAAGCUGACAGCUGAGUCCUUCGUGCCCACAUUACCAGUGUGUCUUGCCAGUCUGUGGUCAACUAAUUUAUCUCAUGUUUCGUUCAGAAAUUGACUGAAGGUUUUAAGUUCUGUAGUGGCUGAUUACAAACUGUUAUAUUACUCUAUGCCAUGCAAUAUAUUUCCAGCAGGAUUAGAGACGGAUCCAGCAGACCAGUGUGUCAGGACCUGCUGGCCUCAAAACCAAAUGUUUUAUCUGACACAAUCAUGUGAAUUGUGUCACUGUAAAGGACAGUCAAGGUCCCCGUCAUGGACUCCCUCUGACCUUCCAGCAGAGUGUGUUUGAUCUUUUUUGCUGCUUUCCAUGAUUUUAAAGUCACAUCAGUGUUGACCAAUAAGAGCACAGAGCGAAAGUCACAAAUGUAAACAAACUAAUCAGUGAAGAGAAAGAGUAAGGAGGAAGUUGGUUUUGAGUGAUUAAACUACAAGACUCAGGAAAAGUUUGUCGAUGUAUGGUUUUGAUUUGAUGAGGGUCUUGGACUUGAACACACACAAGAAUGACUUGAAACUUGACCUCAACUCACCCCUAGAGGACUUGACUUAGACUUAAGUUGUGGGACUCGUGCACUUUACAAGCUGAGUGUCACUGUCUUUAGCAGAGACUUAGGAUCUGUGCAGGUGAUGUCUUUACCAAGAGACUAUUAGUCUCUAAGUAGUAGAAAAAUAGUUUUCACAAGAGACUAAAGUUGUAGUUAAAUCAUAUAGUCACCAGAAUAAAGUCGUAUUAAAAUCUAGUCUUUUGGAGGAUGAAGUGGAAAUUAUUUUAUGAGAAUAAAGUUGUACAGUAUCAAGGCCACAUUCAGCAAAAAAAAAAUUAGAACUCCUGUCAGAAACAUUUCGUCUGUGUCAGUUUUGGCACCUCCUGUGGACAAAGCAGUCUUUGCUUUGCUUGUCCUCUACAUGUUAUGUCUUUUGACACAAAGUCUCAUCCUGCUGACUUCUGACAAUCAAAUGGAUUGUUGGGACUGUCUUUUGUGGGAAUUGUAAAAAGCGGGGCAGUGUCUUCAGCUGUUUGGCUGACACCUUGCUCCUCAUGUUGGUUUCAGAAAUUAAAGUAUACGAAGCGUCCAUCAUGUCACUGAUGAUCUUGUUUGUUUUCCAAUAACCUGAGGAGGCAUCAACAUGAACUUCAGCCUGUUUUAUAACCGUCAAAAAAAUCCUCCUUCUUUGGUGUCGUAGUCUUCCAUGAUCAUCACCGCCUGCUCUUCUGAAGAAAUGCUUUUCUGAAUCUCAUAAUGAUGUUCUUCAAGCUGGGAACGACUUGAGCAGCUACAAUGUUGUCCCCAGAUAAAACGUUCAUGUGUCUGUUUGAUAAGGGUAGAUUAUUCCGCCUGUUUGUCUCAAUUAACUGUUCUCUGUCACAGUGGCGGCUGAGUGCAGCGCUGCAGCGAGGGCGUGUGGGUGCUGAUGUUUGUUAUGCUGCUGGAUUAUACCCUGUCACACACACACACACACACACACACACACACACACACACACACACACACACACAUACAGUGUUCCUCAUUCCCUGAUAUUAAGCCUGCCAACGCACUCUGCAUGUGUGUGUGUGUGUGUGUGUGUGUGUGUGUGUGUGUGUGUGUGUGUGUGUGUGUGUGUGUGUGUGUGUGUGUGUGAGAUAGAGACAGUUUGUUUGAGGUGUAAAGGUCACAAAGUUUGACAUUUACUGAGCCGAACACUGAGACAAGCAAACACACACUCAGACACACAAACACACAUGCGAAUACACACAAAACCUCCUGAUAGGUCAAGUUUGAGAAGUUUACUUUCUGCUGUGGUGUUGGUUUAAUUUGUAGUGCAUGUGUUUGUGUGUAGGUGAGAGAGGAGUGUCGCUACUUGAUUGCCCCUCCAGUACCUCCUCGCUGCACUAAAGGAGGCUCCAUUUCCAGUCCGGCUCCCAGUCCUCCUGUCCCACCUCGCUUCCCAAAAAUGUCCACCUCACCCAGACCAAACCUCUCCUUCUACUCUUCUGGACUUCAGGACAGGUAACAUGUGAAAGUUCAUUUAUUAAAGUGGAUGCCACCAGUUGUCAUUUCUGUGUCUCUAUGAAAGUAGAUAAUAUGUGAGGGAGAAGCAAAAUCAGAAAGAUUUUUGAGAAAUCUAUGAAAUAUGGCCAGUGUUGUUAGAGACUUUUAUUGGAUCCCACGUGGAUUUUGGCGACGCUUCAAAGCAAAUGUUUAUUUAUCUAGGGUAUUGCUAUGAAGAACAGACCGUUGCCAGGGAUGUUGCUUUUUCACAGACUGCAGAAGACUAACUGUAAUUACAUCAGUUUGCCGAAAGAGUUCAGGUUACUUUGAUGUUUGUUUAUGGAGAAACAAGGAGAAACAAAAGCACCAGAAAAGAGGUAGGAGGAUUAAAGACACAAAUACUGAGGGCUGCAGCUGAGAAAUUUACACACUCUGAGAUGGGACAUGAAGUUUACACCUCACUGACCAUGGUAUUGGUCACGGUAGUGUUUAAAAGGCUAUUCUAGCAUAAAUUUAAGUCAGGGUCAAACACACCUUAACACAGAGUUUAGACACCCCCUCAAGAGAUGAAUGUUGCUGACUGCUUGCUUCUCUAUUUAUACCAAAUUUAGUAACGAUAACUAACAAACUAUAGCAAUACACAGCGGCCUGUCUCCAUGCACAAACCUCAAUCAAAAAGCCACUCUAUAGCCACAAAUAAUCAGAGCAGCACCUAACAUCAUCAACAGGACAUAUAGGGUCCCAUCCAUAGUACUAGCCACCAAACAUCUUAACUUUGCCUGUUUUUUUAGCAAAGAGACCAAACACAACUCAUCUACUCUCCUCCAGCAGCCGCUUAUUGGUGGGAGAGGACAAGGACAAGUCAAAGAAAAGUCACAUGUCUAGAUCAUGAUUAUUUACAGUUUCAUCCACGAUUUCCAAAGAGUGUCAAACUUUAGCUCGACAAACACAUGCCAAACGCAUGUCCCUAAAUUGCUUGUAUUGUCAAAAGACAGAUAACUAUGUAUAGAAAUAAAUCCAUCCUCUGCUUUGAGAUUCUGAAAUCAGCACACUUCUCUGAAGUUUUUCCAAAAAAAGGUCCUAACCAAUCAACUGAUUUUUAAAAUGUUGUCAAAUGAUUUUGUAUUCACAACAAAUCCAUAACUGACAUACUGUUUUUGCUGCACAAUUUAUAGUAGUAUGUUAUAUUAGUUUAAGAGCUUCUGAUGGUUUCGGGGCUAUCCAGAGUAUCAGUGAAGGAACAUGAACAGGCACUCUGAGGAACGGAAUAUCAGCUACUCGCUGCUGAUUCAGCUUUAUCGUAAAAUCUACAUUGAUCAGUCAAAAGCCUAUGAUUGCUGAGUGCGGGAUUUGGCAGAACACAAGAUGUCCAUAUGUACUGGCUUCAGUCAGGCUCUGUUUACUUCUUAAAAUCAUCCAGAAACCAAGUGAGAGUGACUGGAAUCAAAAAUCUGUAAAGAUUCAUGCUUUGUUGUAAGUUCUCUCAAACAGGACUGGACCCAGAAAGGUUGCCAGCGGUUCUAGAUCAUGGUCACAUACAGUGUGGUCCAUGAUGUCCAAAAAGAGUGUCAAACUUGUACUUGUCAAACGGUUGUAGUCCAGUUCUCUAUUUGUUGAAGCCUGUCAUUUUCAGAAGAUGCCUAUCAACCAGAAACAAACAAGCUGGAUCUGGUUUUAGGUUUUUGUCUGCAGUUUUGGGGUCUUUCGAGUCCACUGACUGUUACUAGGAUACUGAUCUCAUUGUCUCCUGCCCCCUGUAGCUGCUCGCCCUCUCCAGAUGCUUCCCUCUACUGUUACCCGUGCUCAUGGGCCGACUGCCCUGCCCCCAACCCCACCAGUCCUGAGCCAGUUUCUGGUAUCUCUGCAGACAGCACAGCCAAUCCUCAGCCAGCACAGGCCACCUGGGCAGAGCCAUGGGUCGACUCCUUCACCCCCUCAGGACCUCGACUGAGGCCGCCUCCACAGAGCCGAUUUGCCCCCUUUGGGGCGUUGAACCCCUUCAACCGCCAGUCCCCCUGCCCCUCACCUGAGCCCAUCCCUAACCCGACCCCCGAUUCCUCCAGGGGUGCAGAGGGCGGCGAGGCAUCCACAGGAUCUACUGAAGGCCUGUCCCCGCCUCCUGACCCCACCUGGCGGCCGCCUGCUGAUCUCUCUGCUCUCUCACUGGAGGAAGUGUCAGCUUGCUUGCGAUUUAUCGGCCUAUCAGAGGCAGCAGUUGGCGUGUUCCAGAGGGAAAGAAUUGACGGCAGCCUCCUGGUGCAGCUGACUGAAGACAUCCUGUCACAUGACUUCCACCUGAGCCGCCUCCAUGUCACUAAGAUCACACAGUUCAUACAGGGCUGGAGGCCUAAAAUCUAACACACACACACACACACACACACACACACACACACACACACACACACACACACGGUCCUGAUAAUGUGCCUGUUGGCCGCUGAGCCGUCCUGAAUGUGCCUUCCACUGUGACCAAGCGGCUGCUGAGCCUCACUGACUCAAACGGACACUAUGCCGAAGGAAACCACGCCACCCUGUGGUCAAAUCACAGAACUGACACUUGAAUGGCUUUUCAUGCCUCAAGUUGACACACAGACUGCAUUAUCACAGACUGGGAAUAGUUUACUAACAAAUGGCUACAACAGAGGAAUAUGUGUGAAUUUAGUCUGUUUGAAUUUGUUGCUCGGGCAGAAAGACGCCUACACGAUUCAAGAAGGCUAAAGGUUUCAAGCCUGAUAUGGAUUUGUAAAGCAGAAUACCUAAAUUGAAGGAAAGGGGCCUUCAUUUUUUAUCGAAAUUGUAAUAGGAAGAAUUUAAAAUUUCUGAUAAUGCAACAUCAGGGCCAUUUUAUGAACCUGGUUCCUGUUUAGAUUUUUUUAUUGAACAUUAGUGACAGAAAAAAGCCAAAUUGAAAAAAAAAAUGCUAAAAGUCUUAAAAUUAAAAGCGACCAGUAAGGAAAUUAAACCACCUCUGGGUGUGAGGAACUCUGUAUGAAGACCAUUUUGUGCUUUGAGAUGAUGGAAUUUCUUUAUUAACAUUCCCUAUAAGAGUAACACAUUAAGUCCUUUUGUCUGCCUCAGAAAUAGAGUUCUCAAAAUGUACCUCAGAUCACAUGUUGAGAUAUGCUUGAUUUAGCCAUGCAUAAUAAUGAUAAUAAUAAAAGAAAUUAUACCAAGCCUUUGUUCAUAUGGCACUUUGCUUUUGUACACUUUAAAUGAUUGCUUGAAAAUACUUACCUCAGUAAAUUAAACACUAUAGGACACAUGAGUAAAAGUAAGUCAUGCAGUUAAUAAUUCAAUCAUAACAUGGCAUCAAACGACUGAUAGAAAUACCCAGUCAUGCAAGGGAUGAUAGUAAGCAGACAGUCUUUUAAUAUGCAUAUCUACCUGUUUAUUAUUCACCAUCUUUUACAUGGCCACCAGCUAAAGACGUAAACAAGUUGACACUAUCAAUCAAGUAUUAAUGUGAAAAUGUUUAUAAUGUUUUAUCUUGACAGUCAAAUAAAGUGGUCCGCCAAUUUUUACAAUCUGAUAUGCUUCAAAGGCAUCAGCCUCAGAUUGACAUUAAUCUAAACUCUCCACAUUUAAAGCUCCAAUGAGGAUUUUUUUGAUGGUUGUAAAAUGGGCUGGAAUUUAUGUCACCGCCUUCUCAUAUUAUCCAAAAGCAAACAAAACCAACAGGGACAAGAUAGAUGAUUUAUAUGUUGUCAUGUCUAAUCCCUGAAACCAGUCGGGGGGGGGGGGGUUCGGCUGAGCAGCUAAAGAAACCACAGUAUUUUUUCAAUUUCCACACAAAAGAGUCAUAAAAAUGAUACUUUCGAUCAGCAAAAGUGAGCAUGAAAUAUUUGCCCAAAGACACUGCUAAAGUGUGUUGUGCACAAGAUAAGUAAAGGCUGUUUUGUCCAAGGGGGCUUUACGAUAAAGCAUUGAGUCGGCUUAGGUACAAUCAAUGUUGGUGUGGUUACUUAAUGUUGGUUAUGUUACUAGUUAUGAACUAAGGAGAAGGCGCAGACUGCUCAGGCCAGUUUCAGUCCAAUGGAGGUGUAUACAUGGAAAAUGAAUCGAUCCCCAACCACAUUAUCCAGUUAUGUUGAUCUGACUAUGAAAAGUUCAAUUUUGUGUGAUUUAAGUCAGAUUUAUAUGUUCACAUAUUUUUUCAAAGUCUAGUUUCACUAGGACUAAGGUGAUAAAUUGCCCAACAACUCUGGACACACUCCUGUACAUUAAAGCAGUUUACUCCAUCGCUUGAUAAAACUAACAGUGGCAACUUACCACAGACUGGUCAACAAUGUGGGCAACUUGGGACAUCUGCAAGAGAAACAACAAAGCAACCAAACUGGAACUGUUAAAAAGUGCAAAUACUGUUGCGUUAUCAAGGAAUCACUGAACGUCAGUGAGUGAGUGUGGCAGUGCAGCAUUUAUUUAAAUAAAGUCAACAUCAUAAAAUACAGUUCAUUGCAUUCAUUUGAUUCCAAAAUUAAGACACUGGUAAGAUUUUUUGAACCAUGUUGACAUGAACAUGAGAAAGUAAUGAAAUUAAAAACUUGUAAUUAAAAAUUAAGUCCUUCAUGAUGAACUGUUUGGCCCAAUCCCAAUCCACCCCCACACCCACCCUUCACUACCAAGUGUCAUUCAUAAUGAAGUUACACUCGCAGCUGUGGAGUGUGCCUCGAUUGAAAUGGGAGGGUAUAAACAUGACGGGCGGGUAUGAGACGCCUUUCUCACUCCGCCGAAAAGUGGAAAGACUCAUUGCCAUUUGUAAUUUAAAGACACGUCCUGUGCAUCGCAGUGUUUCUUCUUAAAGUGAACGGGCAUCAUAUACAGUUCUGAGACAUACCGACUGCCUCAUUUUUUCAUUGUCCCAGUGAAAACAUAAAUACAGCAACCAUCACAGUGACAGGAGCUAAAUUAUAUUUCUGAUUGCAAGGGAUUCCACAUGUCUUUAAACCCCAUUACUAUUUGACAUGUGCCUGCACAAUCAAAUCAAACGUCAGCACAGAGUAAGAUUUCAGAGUUUCGUUCUAUCUUUCCAUACCAUGUCUUUUGUGUUUUUUUUUUUGUCAGUGAGACAAAGGUGGACACAUACGGAACUUAUAUUUGCAAAUCCCGCCGUAAAUGUGCACUGGUGCAGACUCACUAUUUGAGGGCCUAAUGGUCCACUCGCCCUUCGCACUCUGUGGUUCGGGACAGCCUUCAAUAUGGCGGGGAUGCGCAAAUGGAGGAGGAGUGUGAAGGGCAAGUGUGUAGGGGGCGGUUUGGGAUUGGGCCUUCAUGUUACUUGGUGUUGAAAUAGCAGUCCUGUUUUUCUAAAGUAAGGUCACGUGGUAUCAAAAGGGAGCAAAGAUACCUUGACUUUUAAUAUCUUUUGACUUUUUAAGUCCUUCUGUCAGAUCAGUUGUAAAACCUCUUGCUGGGGUCUUUGGCGUAGUCAAGUAGAAGCUGGCAGGGUGUGAAGGGGUCUCCAUAAACCUCCUCGUAUCUCCUCAUAGUGCUCACAAGGCGGUCUGCACCAAAUGUGUCUACAAAUCUGAAUGGACCUGCAUGGACACAGACACUUCUAUUAGAAAAACAAAUCAGUGCUGAGACUGUGUGUGUGUGUGUGUGUGUGUGUGUGUGUGUGUGUGUGUGUGUGUGUGUGUGUGUGUGUGUGUGUGUGUGUGUGUGUGUGUGUGUGUGUCAGUCAGUGAAAAAAAACGUACCACCAAUGCAAGGGGGAAAGCCAAGUGCAAACACAGCUCCAAUGUCUCCCUCUGCUGGAUUUCUCAGGACUCCCUCCUGGAGACACAGAAGUGCCUCAUUCACAGUACGACUCAUCAGUCGGUGCUGAAUGUCCCAGUCUGAGGAGCUACAAUAAAUUAAAUGUGAGUAUUUUUUAAGAUAAAAGACACAAGAGAUGAAAGGAAAAGCAGAUCAAACUGGAAGAUGUGGUCUUACACUGAAGGGGGCGCAGUCAGGGGGAAUUUCUUGAGGAUGUCUACAGCUUCGUGAUUCACUUUCUUGUAGUUCUUUCCUUUUUCGUAGAGAUAGAAGCCUUUUCCAGAUUUACGACCUGUGAAGAAUAUCAGGACGUACAUGUCAGACUCAUUCAUUAAUGAGGUUAAGCUAAAGUUGAAGCUUAUUUUCCUCAUUACAUCUUUACCUUUGAAGCCUCUCUCUACAAGGACCUCCAGAACAUCAGUGUCUGCUCCCCCGUAACGAGAACCAUACGAACUGAGCAUGAACUGGACAUGAGCACACAAUAAAAUCAGUCCUCUUCAAAAGUCAUGAAAAACAUCAUACUGAUUUUCUUCAAAUAAAACAGCCAAAAAACCUAAAUGCAGCUUGCAGUAGACCAACUGUACCUGUGAUGAAUGUAGACUAACAUCAUGACCCACUUCAUCUACCACCAUUGGGAAGCCCAUGGGAAAACCCAAGCUUGUUCCCAAAUCGGACAGUCUGUCCAGUCCGACACCUUCCUGCACAACAAAACAGAGGUAAGUGUGUGGCCGUUUUCUCAGUUUUACGCCCUAAAUGUGUUGAGAAACUAUCUGAGGGGGUUAGCACCAUAUUUAAAGCUCCAGUGAGUAGUUUUUACAUGGUAAUAAAAUAGACUCUAAAAUAUGUAAUGUCUCUUUAUAACCUAUAAAAGCAAUCAAGGUCGCAGUACCAGGGUUGGCUAUAUCUUUGUUGUUAAUUUCAUCGUCUGAAUCCUCGAGUGUGGGACAGCUGUCAUUCAAAAAAAUAAACAAAGUGAAGCAGCCUUUGUUUACAUUUCCUACUGCAAAGAUUUCCAAUGUAAACAACACAGGGUAAGAUUAUUAUGUACAUGAAAUCAAUAAAACAAUAAGAGAUACGACUUUGUCUAUGAGGGCACCAGAAUCCAAAUAGACUCAAAAGUUCCCUGCUGGAGCUUUAAUAAAACAACACUAUAACCGCUUGCUACUGUCAAUACUAGCAUACCUACUUUUUGUGCUAGCAUUGGCAUUUCAAUGUUUUACCAAGCAAUGAAUAUCACAGAUUUAAACUUAUAAUUGCUUGUAGCAGCUGUUUGUAUUGUCAAAAUCGGCUAAAUGACAACAACCAGUUACAUGUUUAGGUUGGUUUAGGGUAAAUUUGAGGUAAAUGUAACCAGUGAUAUUACAAAAUAUCUUAUCAAGAGGGGCUGCAAACUAAACUGCAACUGCUGUUGGCCUCUAGUUUCUUGUGUUUUUUAGGUCAGGAUACUGUCAGUAUACUAAGCAAUUCAACAGUGACAGUCAUUAAUGUCCAAUCCAUCCAAAAUGGAGUACAACUUUUUUUAAAAACCCAACCUUGAAUCUCCUGUUAGAAACUUUCAGUUGGCAUCAAUUUUGGCACCAACUUUUCUCAUCUUCAAAUGCACCUACCCCCUAGCGCCAGCUUCAGGCUCUAAAAGACUUCAACAUCAAAGGCACUGAUCAUGUCGACACUGGUUUUGUUUGUUUGUAGGUAUCAUGAAAAUCGGUUUAAGUUUUAAUCAAUUUCAUAGCUGUAAAAAAAACUCCUCACCGGAGCUUCAAAAUAAGUCAUUUAUGAUUUUUAGGGUUUUUUCAUCCCAGCCAAUACUUGGCUCUCAAAACAUGUGAGGACUUACUUACCUGCAACAUUUUUAACAACUCAACUAGAACGUGAAUAGAGCAGCGAUUUGUGUAAAACCCGGGACAAUCCUGAGAGAGAAACACACAGAGAAAUUAGAUUGAAAUGAAUUCAAACAGGCAAAAGAUGUUUCAUGAGGCAAACUCUUAAAGCAGUUUUCACCUUGACAACAAUGACUGUCUUGCCCUGUUUGAUGCCCACGCUGGAGGCAGCAGCUAUUGUGUCUUUGGAUGUCUCAUCGGUGAUGACUAUUUCUAGCAACUGCAUCUUGUCCACUGGAGAGAAAUAGUGCAUGCCAAUCACCUGUGGAUAAAUACAGGAGUAAAAUUUUGGCUUAACAUUCAUUUUUAUACUCAGUAUCUGGGAGACAAAGCCCAUUUGUGAUACCUUCUCGGGACGUUUGCUGGCUGCAGCUAUAUCUUUGAUCGACAGAGCGGAGGUGUUCGUGGCAAAAAUACAGUGAGGAGGAGUUACCUGCAAAGAAGAUUUAAACAGCAGUUUGCACAUAAAGUGAAAAGAUACUGAGAAGAAGUUCCAGAUAUGUGUGAAAUUAAACUCACCUCCUCCACUUCUUUAAGGACUCUGUGUUUCAAGUUUAUGUCUUCAAACACAGCUUCUACAACCAUAUCAGCAUUUUGGAAGCCAGUGGAAUCCAGCUGGACCGAGAGAUUGGACAUUACGAUGUCACGCUGAAAGGAGGUCAUAGAUUUCCUCUUCACUUUUGUGUCCAGACUGAAAAGAAAACACCAGAGUUAAACAGCUUCUUCAAAUUUCUUAUGAAAGUUCAUAUUCAGCCUCUUCACGCCUGAUAGGCCAACUCCACUCCACUGAGUUGUUGUGAAACCAGCGUGCUUUAAAUUUCCAGGAAUGUCAUGUCACCUUCUGUAGAUUUGGUCCUGCCCCCUGCUGAUGUUCUCCUCACUGGUGUCUUUCAGGAUGGUAAUCAGGCCUUUAUCAACUGAUACCUGUGCUAUACCAGUACCCAUCAGCCCUGCACCCAAGAUCCCCAGCGUCCUGACACAAGUAAAGCAUGUUCAGGGAAUAUUGCAAUAAUUUUGAGGUAUUGUAAUGAAAUAUUCAACCCUCACAACAGGUCUUACUUCACUUCCUUCUCUGGGGUCCCAUAGCGGUUCUUCUUACAAGCCAAUUGGCCGUGAUAAAGACCAAUCAGGGCCUUGGACUCUUGGGACAUCACCAACUUCCCAAAGUUCUGGAUAAGAUGGAAAAACAAAGGUCUAAAUCAGCUGGUGUGAUUGUGUUAAUGAAAUAAGAGAAAGGGAUUUGCUACAGCUAAGUACAUGACCUCAUGACAUGACAUCUCACCUCAGAUUCAGCCAGAUAACCCGCCUCUCUGCCUUUCUCGAGCCCAGCCUGGACAGACUGCACAUUAAACAGAAGACACAGAGUGAAAUGAGAGUGGGAAACACCGCCUGGUGAUGCAUUCGUAAGCGUCCUCUUCAUGAGCCUCAUACCUGGAUGAUUUUGGCCGGAGCUGGGUAAAGGCCUCUGGUCUGUUUCUGGGUCUUCUCACUGACAGUCUUGUAGAUUUUCCUCCUAACCAGACUCAGACCCAUCACUCUGUCCUGCAGCUCUGCCAACACAGAUACAUGAUAACAGCUGACAAAUGUGGAGCAGCUUCGAUGUUUAUGAUGUCACCUGACUGGUGCAACUGCAAGGCCAGUAUAAUGUACAGAUAGGAGUUUAGGGAUUGUUUUAAAGCUCACAUAGCCUGGACUUCAGCAUUGAUUGAUACGACAUACUGAUUGGAUCCUCAUAACUGUAUGUAAAGAUGACCAGUGGUAUACUGGCUCUACUCACUCUCCUUGAAGCUCUUUUCCUUUGUGAGGGGAACCUUCUUGUCAACAAUCCCCUUGGCCACGCCUACUGCAACCUCCUCCAGGUAUUCAAUCGUCCUUUCCUCUGCAGGCUUCAUUCCAGGACCUGAAGUGAGCAAACAUCCAUUUUAAUUUGCUUCCAAUCUUGCUGCAGGUAACAAAGAGCGUAAAAAUCCCAGAAACAGGAACAGCUUCCCUUUGUAAUAAAAAAAACUGCUUCAUGAAGAACAUACCCAGAGGGUCCACGAGCUGCUGCACUAGCCCCAUCUUCUUGGCUUUUUCCGCCCUGAUUCUCCUUCCUGUCAGCAUCAUGUCAAAUGCAUCAGGGAGGCCCACCUACACGCACAGACACACACACACACACACACACACACACACACACACACACACACAGAGGCAACAAGCACGUAUACUGUGAUCUGGGACAUCCCCAAAGUGAGGCUCUUGACCUUAACACGCUCUGGUGUGAAUAGCCACCAGCAUAAGAAUAUAGCAGAUCAUUCAAUACAAGAUUACCAUGAGUGUGUGAGUGUGUGUGUUUACCAUUUGAGGCAGUCUCUGAGUGCCGCCUGCUCCAGGCAGCAGUCCGAGCAUGACCUCUGGUGUCCCCAGGACAGUGUUCUUACUUCUCGUGGCAAUUCUGUAUUGGCAGGCUAUUGCAAACUACAGGAAAGACACAAAAAAAGGCUCGAUGGUCAGUUCUUAGUUUACAUGAGCAGCUUUGUGAGUCACACACAGAUAGAGUUUUACCUCGAGGCCUCCGCCCAGGCAGGAGCCAUGGAUAGCAGCAAUGAUGGGGAUGGGUGACUUAUCAAUCUUGUCAAUCAUCUUCUGACCUUCCUGAGAGAGGCGGGUGGCCUCCUCGCUGCUUUGACAGGACUGAAUCAUACUACGAGAGACGGAAAAUACACUUACUCUCACUUUUGAUUUUUUAAAACCCAGACAUGUCCAACCUGCAAGCUAACUAAAGCUGACAGAUUUGCUUCUCAACACCCCUGAAAGAUCCACAUUCUUGACUCAAGUAUUAAUUGGCUGGGUAGAUGAGCUCAUGAGAUAAAAGAUCAAUCAGGCAGAGGAGUUAUUUUUCUACGUGGUUAUGUACAGCCUUGCAGGAGUCACCCUCUGCUGGCAUCUCAAAACAUAGCAGGUUUUAGAAGCUAUGUUCACUUCUUGUAUUAGUUCUACGGUGGAAAUACAACAAAUACCAAAAGCCCACAUAUUUAAGUUUUACACUUAAAGCUCCUGAAGGGAACUUUUGGUCUCUGUUAAUUAUGGUGCCCCCCUGUGGAUAAAGCUGUCUUUGUUGAUAGUCUCAUCUUGCUAGUUUUUGAUAGUCAAAUGUAGAACUAAUGUAGAAUAUUUUAUGUGGAAAUUGUAGCUGCUCUGCUGACACCUGCCCCCCCC